CACACACACAAACACACACACAAACAAACACACACACACACACACAGUACAUCAUUAACUCCACCGCGGCCGUGAUUACCUCCUUUGUACUGAACAAGGUCAUUGCUCAUCGCCACCAGGUCACGCAACCCGAGCAGAAGGAAUUCCCUUGGCGAGAAAUCGAAAAAGGAUCCGAAGUCAAGGCGAAGCAGUUUGACCGACUCUCCAGCCAUGACCUUCAAAGACAUGAAAGACGUGAGCGACGCGGACAUCGAGGAGUUCAUCCGCGAGGGCGACGUGGACAGCCUGGAGUGUGUCGUCCUGUCAGGUCGCGGGUCUGACCUGCAGGGGAAGUCCUCGUGGAAUGAGCAGGUCCGGAAGUUCCUGAAGAAGGUGCCGGGAUACAUGGAGAAGAUCACAGCCCUCCACGAAGCUUCAAGUGCCGGCGACGUCAACAAGAUCCGGCGCCUGAUCAAGGAGAACGGGAAACUGGCCAUGGCCCGCAGUGCCGAAGGGGCCCUGGCACUGCAUUACGCGGCGCGCUCGGGCAACACGCAGGCCACGAAGAGUCUGCUCAAUGCCUACCCCGAGGGACUCAAUGUAGAGGAUAAUGAAGGAAGAACCCCCAUGCACUAUGCGGGUAUGGCGGCCAGUGCAGGGUCGAAAGGUACCUAUGAUAUGUUGAAGAAGGAAGGAGGGGACAAAACUCUGCAAGAUCUGAAUGGCCACACGCCCGAGUACUACAAGGAUAAUCCUGUUAGUGGUCGAAGUCAGUCUCGAGCUCCGUCAAGGUCUCCCUCGAAAGCUCCCUCGAAAGCUCCCUCGAAAGCUCCAUCGAAAGCUCCUUCUCGGAAUCCAUCCCUAGCUCCCUCUCAGAACCCAUCCCGAGCUCCCUCUCGAGCUGCUUCUGAAGGAAAAAGUCCUUCUCGUGGUCCUUCUCGAGGUCCGUCUCAGGGCCCCUCACGAGGUCCUUCCAGAAACAAGUCGAGAAACGAAGACAGGAGUCGAGGGCCUUCGAGAGUCGGCCACGAGGACGAGAAGGACAUGCAGAGGGCUAUCGAGGCAGCCGAGGACGGGGACUACAGCCUCAUGUCCGACAUCAUCAUCAUGGGCGACGGCCAAAAGCUGGUAGGACUCCACUCCAAAGACGAAGAAGUCGACGAGUUCCUGCAGAGGAUCCCGAAACACCUGGAAUCCAUCGAGGAGCUGCACCAGGCGGCCGAGAAAGGCGAGACGAGGAAGGUCAUCAGCCUCCUCGACAGGAAGAAGAAGGCGCAGACGAGGGAUUCGAAUCACGCGAAUAUCCUACACAAGGCGACCAUCUACGGGCAUACGGACCUGGUGAGAUACCUCGUCCAGAAUUUCCCUGAGCUGAUGGACCAGAAGGACCUCAAGGGCAGGACUCCGCUACAUUACGCCGCCGUUCUGAGGGAUGGCGGACAUGUUUACAAAAUUUUGGAAAAGGAGGGAGGGAAAACGGACUUACAAGAUGAUACCGGCCAUUCCCCCCAGGAAUACAAGGAUAAUCCUCAAAUUCUUACCCAGUGGGACUUAAGAACACAGCUAGAGGAAGGCAUUGGCGCGGAGGGUAGUAAGGCAAGGAGUUCGAGGCCGGAAACGAAGGGCAGUGAAGCCACCAGCUACUACGGGGGCGACGAGGACGGCAUGGAGCGCGUCGACCCCGAGACGCUGGCCACGCUGGAGAAGGAGUUCCGUCGGCUGAAGGGCGUUCCUUCCCGGAUGCUCAUGAAGAAGUACCUGACGAAGGAAGUGUUCGAUAAGCUCAAGCACCGCGUGACGGCCGGCGGCGCCACGCUCCUGGACGUCAUCAAGUCGGGCCUGGCCAACCCCGACUCCAGCAUCGGCCUCUACGCCCCCGACGCCGAGUCCUACACGCUGUUCGGCGACCUGUUCGACCCCGUCAUCGACCAGUACCACGGCGGCUUCGGCCCGAACGAGCGCCACCCCGGCAUCGACUUCGGCUCCCCGGACUCGCUCGGGGACCUGAACGAGUGGGGCGACUACGUGGUGUCGACGCGCGUGCGCUGCGCCCGCUCUAUCGAGGGCUACCCGUUCAACCCGCUGCUCACGGCCGAGCAGUACUCCGAGCUCGAGCAGGACAUCGAGAUGACGCUGGACACGCUCGACGGGGACCUCGCCGGCUACUACAGGCCCAUCAACCGUCUGUCGCCGGAAGAGCAGAACAAGCUGCUCGAAGAGCACCUGCUGUUCAAGCAGGGCGACGCCCUGGGCACGCCGGCGCCGCCGCUCUGGCAGACGGCCGGCAUACUUCCGCACACUCCGACAGAAACGGUGGUGGGUCGCGGGAACCUCCGUCCGGCCAUCACUCCUGCGGGACGCGCGACAGCGCGUGUACAGCCGCUCGUCGCAGCACGUUCCGACCCUCGGCGACGCCUCCCUUCAGCUAUCGCGCCGGCAGCUUCCUCAACUUCCGCGCACACUGGGCAGCGAAUCCAGCCUCCGCACAUCCCAUGCCGCGCUGGACGACCGCGCACGGAGGAUACGGCCGCCAGUCCCUCAGGGCGCUCCCUCCAGCUACUCGAGCGCCGGCCUUCUUUUCGCCUCGCAACCUGGCGGCGUCUCGCCUCGGUCAUGCUGCGCUGCCUGACGACGCCGUCCUGGAGAUCUCCGGCCGAUGAGACCAGGGAUGACACGGAGCAAGGCUCCCACGAACAAGAGAACAGCCGCUCUCGACGGAACAGCCCGUCAGCAAAUAACCCAAGCAAGGAACCCAAAGAAAGCACGCUCUCUCGACGGACCAGCCAAAACACACUCCACCCCAAUCAGAAAGAAGAAGAUAAACAGGGGCAGUCCUCUCGACGGAACAGCAAUGCUUCUGAGGCCAAGGGACAACGGCGUGAGUUGAAAGAUAACCAGAAGGGGUUGCUGAAUCGGAAGAACAGCCGCACCUCCGUCAGUUCGGAAUUCCCUGGCAUGUGGACGGAAGACGGCCAGUACCUGACGAAUGCCCUAGGAGACGCCCUAAUUAAAGGAUUGUCCGAGGUCAACCAAGUUCGGCCUCGUGACCCCAUAGCUUACCUGGCCGGCUGUCUCUACCGCUACAGGUAUACGGAAACUCCAGCCAAGUCGGAUAAUGGAAAGGCAGGAACUCAGAACUCAGGCGCUGGUCAGGCAACAAUCGCCAUGCAGACGGCACUGGACAGCACGGGUGGAGGCGAGGCCACUUCUGGUCCGCAAACUAGGGACAGAAACGGUCAAAACGUGCUGCACUUCGCCGCCGGCCGCCCACACGGGAAAUCGGCCUUCUACCGCCUUAUUUCCGUGUCGCGCUGUAGUCUGGCCGACCGCGACGACCAGUACAGAACGCCAAGGGAUGUAGCCUCUGAGCACGACCUUCAGGAGAAUGUUGCUGCUAUUGAUAAGUUCGUGCUGCGGCUGUCGGCUACCGGCGAUCUUAAGGAACUCAAAACGCUCUUACUUGAGGGUUACGAUCACCUUUUGGACGUGAUGGACGAGAAGGGCCGGAAUAUUCUGGAAGUUGCGCAAGAUAACAAACAGCACAAGACUCUUGAAUUUUUGAAGUCUGUGAUUAGCUUUGAGGAAAAACGCGACUGGCUUCACAAGGCCAUCCGCGUGGGGUCCUUGCCUCACGUCCAGUACAUCGCCGACUCGGAGGACAUCGUCAGAGCUAAGGACUACCGAGGAAGGACGUCACUGCACAUCGCUACCCUGUGCGAGGAGAAGGAAAUUAUGGAGUUCCUGGCUAAGCAGUAUCCGAUUCUGCUUGUGAUUGGAGAUAAUCUGAACAGACGCCCCCUCCACUACGCGAUGGCCGUGGAAGGCGUGGAUCAGGUGGCCAAGGUCCUCGUUCAAGCAGGAGCCAGGAGGACGGUCAAGGAUCUGCGUGGCAAACAGCCGAGUUUCUACUUCAUGAACCGCUCUGAAAUCGUCGCCAUGAUUAAAGAAGUUACAGCUGAUCCCGAAUGAUUUGUUCGUCGUACAUCUGGCACCUGGAGCGGAAGCCCAUGUUAUCGUACGCGGGACGUCUUUAUCAUCGUACUUUGCAAAAAAAGAAAAAGAAAAAAAAGAAAGAAAAAAAA